AUGCUCGCUAAGUCUGCCGAAAAAUUAUCUAGACAUGAUGUUUCGUCAGAUUUAUCAAAUCGUCAUUUGCUUAUUCUUUAUGGGAGCCAGACAGGCUGCGCCCAAGAUGUUGCGGAAAGAAUUUCUAGGCAAGCACGAAGACGUCAUUUCAAAGUUAGAAUUAGUUCAAUGGACGAUUAUGAGAGGGCAAAUUUGAUAAAUGAGAGUUUGGUUAUUUUCAUUUGCUCAACAACAGGCCAAGGUGACGAGCCUAGUAAUAUGAGAAAAUUCUGGAAAUAUUUAUUGAGGAAAAACCUUCCAAAUGAUAUUUUAAAUCAAAUGAAAUUUGCAGUUUUUGGUCUUGGAGAUUCUUCAUACGUAAGAUAUAAUUGGCCUGCGAAAAAGCUUUUUAAGCGUCUUUUGCAAUUGGGUGCUCAGAGCAUACUUCCACGCGGGGAUGGAGAUGAUCAACAUUAUCUUGGUAUAGAUGGCGCCCUUGAUCCAUGGUUAAAAAAAUUAUGGGAAAUCAUAAUGGAAAAUUAUCCAUUAGCGCCGAAUCUAGAAGUUUUAUUUCGCGUCGAAUUUGUUGGUCAGAAAUUUGAAGAAAACAAAGAAAAAAUCAAUAUUCGUGAAAUUUAUGCACGAUUGGUUAAGAACGAGCGUGUAACAGCGCAUGAUCAUUUCCAAGACGUUCGUCAUAUAGAAUUAGAUAUUGGUGAUACUGAACUAAAAUACGAUCCUGGUGAUGUUGCUGUCAUCCGUCCAAAAAACUUGCCGGAAGAUGUGGAUGAAUUUAUCAAGUUGAUGAAUUGGUCAGAUGUAGCAGAUGAUACUUUUAUUCUUGUGCCAAAUGAUGAAGAUUAUAAAAUACCUUCUCAUUGGGAGUCGCCAUUGACGCUGAGAAAAUUGUUUAAAGACUAUUUGGAUAUCUUUAGUACACCUCGCCGAUCAUUUUUUGAAUUUUUAAAAUUUUUUGUUACAAACGAAGACCAUAUUGAAAAACUAAAAGAAUUUUGUUCUGCAGAAGGCCAAGAUGACCUGUAUGCGUAUAACCAGCGUGUUCGGCGUACGAUUGCUGAAGUUCUUCAGGAUUUUUCUUCAGCCGAAAUUCCUUUAAAAUAUAUAGUUGACAUGUUUCCGGAAAUACAGCCUCGACAAUUUUCGAUAUCUUCUUCUUCGAAAGUUCAUCAGGGACAAAUUCAUUUAACUGUGGCUAUAGUAAAAUAUAAAACUAAAUUGCAAAAAGCAAGAGAAGGGGUUUGUACUAAAUGGCUAUCGGGAUUGAUUCCAGACGAAUGUUUUAUUCCAAUCACAAUAUCACGAGGAACUAUGACAUUACCAACUUCAACCUCUACCCCAAUAAUUCUCAUUGGACCAGGAACCGGAGUUUCAGUUAUGCGCGCUUUCUUGGAGGAACGCAUAUUUGAAGGUGCUACAGAGAACUAUUUGUUUUUUGGAUGUAGAAAUAAGGAUAAAGAUUACUAUUACGAAGAUCAGUGGAAGCAAUACAUUGAUGCGGGACAAUUAAAAGUGUUUGCAGCUUUUUCCAGAGAUCAGGACAAAAAAGUAUAUGUUCAAGACAUUCUAAAAGAAAAUGCACAAUUGGUAUGGGAUAUUGUGCAUGAGAGAGAGGGAUAUAUAUAUGUCUCCGGGAGGUCUGAUAAAAUGCCCACAAGUGUUAUGGAUGCUUUCAAAUAUAUUUUUGUAUCUGAAGGUGGGAUGAGUGAAGAGGAUGCAGAGAAAUAUAUAAAAAUGCUAGAAAUGACUAGAAAAUACCAACAAGAAGUCUGGUGA